GGCGGGCGGCAGGGAGGGGGCUGCGCGAGGCAGGAGGCGGCCCCUGGCUGCGCGCCCGGCCUCCGGCGUCCGGUCACCGCGAUUCCCACUCCCCUCCCGGCCGCACCAUGGCCCUGAAGGCCGAGGGCGCCGCGCUCGACUGCUUCGAGGUGACGCUCAAAUGCGAGGAAGGGGAGGACGAGGAGGAGGCCAUGGUGGUGGCCGUAAUUCCGCGACCCGAGCCGAUGCUCAGAGUGGCCCAGCAGGAGAAGACCCCACCGCCUAGGCCCAGCCUGCUGGAGGCGGGUGGUGAUGGCUGUGAGGAGCCCAGGCCGCAGGUGUCUUGGGAACAGGAGUUCCUGGUGGGAAACAGCCCAGGAGGCAGCGGGCGGGCGCUGUGCAUGGUGUGCGGGGCCGAGAUCCGGUCCCCCUCCGCGGACACGGCACGCAUGCACAUUCUGGAGCAGCACCCUCACACCCUGGACCUGAGCCCUUCGGAGAAAAGCAACAUCCUGGAGGCCUGGAGCGAGGGGGUAGACCUUUUGCAAGACGUCAGAGCAGAGCAGCCUUCUUCACCUGCCUCAGACUUGGGCCAGGAAGUUGAAGUCGACCCAGACUCAGACACGGACCCCACCAAGAUGCCAGCAGAGAUUGUCGUCCUACUUGACUCCGAGGACAACCCAUCGCUCCCGAAAAGGAGCCGGCCCAGGGGACUCCGCCCCCUUGAGUUUCCUGCUACCCCUGCCUCAGAGCCAGGAAAUAAGAAGCCCCGUGGUCAGAGAUGGAAGGAGCCUCCUGGGGAAGAGCCAGUCAGAAAGAAAAGAGGCAGACCCAUGACCAAAAACUUGGACCUGGACCCAGAUCCUGACCCAGACCCCCCGUCACCCGACUCGCCCACCGAGACAUUUGCGGCUCCCGCCGAGGUCCGCCACUUCACGGACGGCAGCUUCCCGCCGGGCUUUGUCCUCCAGCUCUUCUCCCACACCCAGCUCAGGGCCUCAGACAGCAAGGACUCACCCAGAGAGGGGCGAGCUGCCGAAGGAGGCCUUCCCCAGCCGGAAAGCCCCUCUCCAGGGAGCCUUCAUUUUGAGUCCUGGGAUACCGUGUGCCCAAAUUCCACCCAUCUGGAGUGUGUUGAAUGUGCGUGAGACCUCGAGACCUGGCUUUCAGGAGGCCUUGGCCGGGCCCAGGACGUUUCCAGGCUGGGCCCAGGAAGAAGCGUGCGUGCGUGUGAGCUUCACGAGGGUCCUGGCUCCCUGCUCUAUUCUCCACACCCAGUUAGUGCCUGGUGUAAAGAAAGCCCUCAGUAAAGAUUUCUACAAAGAAGAGUGGGUGGUGGCUGCCUCUACUUGUCAAAGGGCAGUGAUGUUUUCAGAGUCGCUACUCAGAAACUAGCCUGAAUGAGAAACGAGAGGAAAGAACGGGGUGCACCCUCUGGAGGAGGUGUGUGCCGGUGUGCAUGCGUGCACAGUGUGGGAAGGAAGGGGGAACGAGGCUGGAGAAGCAGAGAGUUCGGGGCUUCCCAGGAGAGAAGGGGACCGGUUCUGGCCUUGGAGUGCAAAAGGGACUCAGCUCGGUCCUGGGGCCUGAUAAACCCUCCUGGCCUGCUCUUUCUUGGCCCUGACCAUGCAUGAUUUCUGGCGGGACAUCCCACCUCAGGCCUCCCCCUCCACCUGCCCUCACCUCUGCCCUCCAUGCUACUGGAAAGAGCUGGUAUUUAAUUCCAUUGCUUUGAGAAGGCCGUAGGUUAGUGAGCUCCUACUAUGCGCCGGACUCGUGAACAUCAUAACAUGUUAUCUCUUUAAAUCCCCACAAUCACCACAUACAGUGUUAUGAUUUCCAUUUCAGAGAAGAGGAAACAGCCAGGGGGGAGGUAAGGCACCUCUCAGGGCCCCUCAUCCGUAAGCGGCAGCCUCUGUGCGUUUCCGCUGUGCCCAUCCCCCUCCAGCAUCCCAGCCGCCUCCUCAGCCUUCUCUCUGCUGCCAGAUGAAGCAGGUCCUGGCAAAGCCUAGCCCCCUGGACCCACGGCUUGCACCCACCCCCUGCCCCACUGGCUGUGCUCUCCUCUCGGUCCACCGUCAGGUUUCCCCCUCUCUUCCAGAUCUUACCCAGCACCUUAUACCAAACAGUGAUUUUUCCCUUCUUGACCUCGCAUCCCCCUCUAGCCACUGCACCACGUGUCCCCAAACCUUUUCAGCAAAGCUGGGGAGCAUUUUCUACACUGACUCGCCCUCGUCUCGCCGGGAGCCACUUCCGUCCGAUUCCCAUCUUCCCAUCUCAUGCUGAAAUCGCUUUUCUGGCAAGGUCACUGUUGACUCGUCUAAGAUGAAACUCCAGCGGUCAGUCCUCCGUCCUUAACCUUUCCUGACGCAGCAGUAACGGUGACUGUGCCCAUGACUCUUUCCGGUAGCCGCCUUCCACCCUUGGGGCCCCAGGCAGCUGGCCGGGCCUUCCUCCAGGCUCAACUGCUAUUCUUUCUCCUGCCUGUUCUGCACACAGCGCCCUGAGUCGGAGCUGAGGCUUAUCUUUCCUCCCCUUUCUCGAAUGUAAGCUGUUUCAGGUCCA